GUACCGGGAGCGCAAUAUGGCGACUGUUCGUGACAGCGACACUAGCCUUUGGCUUCACAAUAAACUCGGUGAUAAUGAUGAUCUUUGGUCUGGAAUUACAAGUAUUAGCACUCAACUUCACCAAGAUGUUCUUAGAAACACACAUGAUUGCUUUCAGACUCUACACCCGACUGUAAAACUCAAACUCUUGAUGGCAAUUCUCCAUAUGCCUCUUCGAAAAGUGGAAGAGUGCAAAGAAGAGCUGAGUGGUAUUCUCCAUCAAGCCCUCACCGAUACGGAUGAAUGGGUUGCCACAGUAGCAGACAUUCUAAGAUCGUAUCCCGUCUCCGGUCAGCUUAACCUGGAACUAGAAGAUAGUCAUCCAUUCUUGGCAGAAGCUCUUCAUGAACUGCGGAAAACCUUGGCUACAACAGACACAAACUCUCUUCUACCCAUGGAAUGUAUCUAUCUCAACAAGAAUGCUCUCAAUCAACUGGUUGGAAUGCAGGCUCCACCCGUCAAACACUUCACACUCAAGAGAAAGCCAAAGUCAGCUGCUCUUAGAGCAGAGCUGUUACAGAAAUCGCAUGAAGCUCAGCAGCAACAAAAGAAACCCAUGACACCUACACAUCCCAGCAAGAUUAGAGGAGGAUUCAGGGGCUUUGAUGAUAUUCCUUUGAAGGGUAUUCCAGCAAAGUCUAGUCCGAGUUUCCGAGCGUCCCAGUCCCCAGCCUUCAAUCGAAGCCUUCCGCUCAACAGAGCGCACGGUAGAAUGUCACUGAACAGAGAAGGAGGUACCAAGCUUCUGGACAUCAAGGAGCAACCCAUCGGCGGAAGCUCUCGAGAAGCAAAGAGGAGAAAGAAACAAGCAGAACAAGAAGCAGCUGAGCAAGCUAAGAAGGAGAAGGAAGCUACAAUGCAACAGACUCCAGACUAUGCUGCAGCUCUUAUGUCCCCUGCUGUGAACAAGCCGGCAAAUGUGCCCACAACUCAAGCACCAGCAACCCCACAACCUGCCACUCCAUCCUAUGUACCGACGGUAACACUCACAAAACCUCCAACACCUUCUCUCCUCGGCUCAUUAGGUCAACCUACGGGCACCACAGCUGCCAGAGAGAACCUACAACAACAGCUCCAACAGUCCCUUCAACAACAGAACCAGUUCCGCCCACCUGGCGUCACCACCAUCACAAGCCAGGCACCCAGCACCGCAACUGCACCGAGCACCAACCCGACACCGCCUGCACCUGCUACCACCGCCGGUGUCACUCAGAACCCAUAUGGAGCACCAAGCACCCUUGCAGCACCCAGUACCAGCCUUGGUACCACACCACAAGCACCGACACCAUUCCAAGCACCGUCUGCACCCAAGCCAGCACCAGCUGCUGCAGGUGGGGCGCCCCCUGCACCGACAAUGCAACCGCCACAGCCCGCUCAACCUCCUGCUGGCCAGAAGAAGAAUCUCUCUCUCACGAAAGAGCAAAUGCGAGCUGCCCAGGAGAUGUUCAGGCAAUCCAACAAAGUCACCAGACCAGAGAAAGCUCUUAUACUUGGGUUCAUGGCCGGUGCAAGAGAGAAUCCGUGUCCACAGCAGGGUAACAUCGUCACGAUCAGACUGAGUGAGGACGUGGAGGUCGUCCGAAGCAACGAGACCAAGGAGGAGCAGACCAUGUCCGUUGAUACCUUCUUCGAGAUGAACUAUACCACCGGAGAAUGGUGGCGCUACAAGAAAUACAAGCCCAUCGCGUCGUGAGGAGAACAGUAGAAACCUGCGACCAGCAUGAAACUAUUAAGACCAAGUGGAAGCGCUUUCGGUCCAAUUACUCCUGUGACUACAAUUUCUAUGUGGACAAGUUCCUUUAAUCUGCAAGAAAUGCAAGUCCAUUGCUUUGUGAGAAGAAUGAUAAUUAAAUUUAAUAAUAAUUCUUACUUACCCAAGGUAGCCAAGGUUCUGCUCUUUUGAACUGUUCUCCAAACAGGGCCUGUGUAGCAUAAUGCUGUUUAUACUUACCCACUCCAUUCUAAAACAUUGAGCACCUGACAAGAAGGCAGAAGAUCCCAUGUUUAAAGCCUUUGGUAUGACUCGGCGAGGAUCGAACCCACGACCUCCCGUUCAUGAGGUGGGUGCCCUACCACUGAGCCACCAAGAAGGGUGGCAAGUAAGUAAUCUGAGAUCAAUCUCAAACUAUACCAUGUGAAAGAUCAUUUGGUCUUAUUACUCCAUUGACAAUCAAAUCAUAUGAUUCUAGUAGGCUUGAAAUAGGGCCAACCCGGCAUCAGUAGGCAACAGAUUAACUGCAGUGACUCUUCUAAACUGCUAGUCUGUGUUCCGUCAGUUACAAGAAACAAAAGCUUAUCGAGUCGCAAGGACAAGGGUAACACUGUAUUAAUUGUAUCAAUUUCUACUAAAUGAAAUGAGCUUUUAAUCUGAUUACAAGGCCUUUUUCGAUUGAGAUUUACAGUGUCAAAGACUUUUGAAUGUAACUAGUUCAAGAAUCUAAUUUUCAGUUAUAUUGAAUUCCAAAUCUGGUUCAACCAAGUGGGACUAUGGAAAAAAAGGGUUGCUGGACACCGAUUCCCAAUUUUCUUGCUUUAAUUUGGAAUUGGAAAUUGGAAUGCCUUGUGGGAGCAGCCUGUUGCUGUCAAUUACAUUCACUGUUUCAAUAGGAAUUAAGAGCUAUUUAAUUCUUGCUUUCGACCAUAACCAAUGGUUCUCAGAUGGAGCCCUCCGUUUUAAAUUUGCCAUUCACUUUGUGACUGAACUGGAAGUGUUAUUUCUUGUUCAUCGAUGUGUGACCCAACAACUUCUGGGGCCCGUUUCAUAAAACCUCUUGCAAUAACGAAUUUCCAAUAACAGUUAAAAGCUACUGAAAUCCUUUAAUCUGAUUGGUCGAUGGUAAAUAUUGCAUUUGUCAUGAUAACAAGUCUCUUUUGAAACGGGAUCCUGGUCUACUCAUACCAUAGCUAGCAUUAGUCAAGUCGCGUCUGCUCUCGCAGUGCGUUCUCAAUCUCUUACAUUCCGAGGAGGAAUCAUUGUAAAACUUGCUACUCGUGUUAUGUUCCCUCUUGCUGUGUAUCAUAUUUACCUUCAAGCUACCAGAAGUUCCUGGAUCACCCAAGUGAACGGCAUGAGCUCCGUCCUAGAACUUUAGGUUAUUUUUGAUAGCGAGAAUUUCCUGAUCUACAUGCUCCAAAGACUUGUCUAUGUUCAUAUGUCUGUGGAUGUUCAAGAUCAUGCAGGAUCAUUCAACAUAUGGGAGAUAAAAUACAAAUUGGUCUAUUGCUGUUAUUU